UGUGACUGUAAAGACCAGCAUGGGAGGUUUGGGGCAUCAUCUAUGACAGGAGUGGGCAAACUUUUUGGCCUGAAGGCCACAUCUGGGUAUGGAAAUUAUAUGGCGAGGCCCCUAAUGCACAAGCUCUUCAGGACAGCAACCACAUCAGGGAAGUAACAGGGCAACAUUUAAAACUGCUUCCCACAUUGAACACGUGAUAUUUGGACUCCAUAAGCCAAGAGCAAUGGAGAGGGCUGCUCAAAGAUUCCCUGGCUACUCUUCUGCACUGGCUUCUGAAAAUAAAAGACGUCUGCCCUGAGGUUGGUAUUCUUGCUUGUAAGCCAUUAUGGACAGCGUGACACAGACAACCAACUGUGAGAGGAGUGCAGCAGAGGGAAGGGGAGUGGCAUGUUAAAGGGACAUCUGUCCAUUGGACUUUCACACCAGAGGUUACUUUGUGUGCUGCUGCAGAUGGAGGCGGCAGGGGGAUGUGUGGCUGAAUCAGGGGGCGGAGGGGAGCUCAGCCUUGCUACUCCUGAACCUGCACAGCAAGAAGCAGACCAAGAGCCAAGAGAGGCCUUAGCUGUCUCCAAGCCUGAUGCUGAGCUCAGUCCGCCUCUCAUCACUAUCAACAAAGAUGGUGAAGGAAAAGGCCACAGGCGUAGAGGUGCCUUUAAGAAGAAUAUUACUGAGCCAGGAUCAGCUAUAACAGCGUCAUCUUCAACUGCUGCUGUUUCGCCAAAUGGGAAGAAAAAUGUAGUGCUAUCCAGUGAAGCUAAGAAAGAAUUGGCCAAGCAGGCCAAAGUCACCAAGGAGGAGAGAAGAGCUCAGUUAGACGAUAGACACAAGUAUUUGAUAUUAAGAUUAGCAGAUGGAAUAGGCUUAAAUGAACAGGAAGUAGAGGAUUCUGUUAUUUCUGAUGAAAAGUUUCAACUUGUAGGAGAAUUCUUUGCAGAGAACGGACUUAAAAAGUUACUUUUCUUUUACCAAGAUGCAUGCCAGCAAAAGUCAAAUGUUCCUUUGAGGACAGAUGGGUCUUCCCCAAGUUCACUUUUGCAGAAGAAGUUAUUUAUUACCAUGGGUUCUACCGAGGGCUUAACAGGAACUUGUGCAUUUUUUCUAAGGACUACAGAUAAAGCAAUAACUACAGCAAAUAUCUCUCAGGAGAUGAAUUUUGGAAUGUUUGAUUGUACUAGUGGAAAUAUCCUUCAGGGCCUGGAAAUUUUCUUGGCCCAAGUCAUGGUACCAGCACUUAAAUCUCAGCAGCACUGGGGAGCUGUGAAAGAAGGCUUGAAGAACAGCCAGAUACAAGACUUUCUGUAUUCUGUGGAUAAAUUUGUGGGUACCUUGUCAUCAGCAAGACAGAAUUUAGAAGAUAAAAUUCAGCUGCAGAAGGUGGAUAUUGAGAGUUACCUCAACAACUUGCAUAACCCAUCUGACUACAUAACAGCAGGCAGUAACAUCGAGGUAAUUGAGAAACUUGAAGGAGUGCUUAUAAUUUGGAUCAAACAGAUUGGACAAAUUUUGGUGGAAAGUGAACAAAUGAGAAAAGAAGCUGAUGACAUUGGCCCAGCUGCUGAACUGGAACACUGGAAAUCGAGGAUGGCAUCAUUUAACAGCCUUUUAGAUGAGAUCAAGAGUCCAAGAGUAAAUAAAGUUCUAAGUAUUCUUCAGGCAGCAAAAUCAAGACUAUUAAAGCAGUGGAAAGAACUGGAUGGUAAUGUAACAAAUGCUGCCAAUGAAGCUAAAGACAAUGUAAAAUAUUUAUAUACACUGGACAAGUUCUUUGGUCCACUUGGUAAAGCCUCACCUGCAGCAAUAGUGGAGCACAUACCCAGCUUAAUGAACAGUAUUCGUAUGAUUUACAGUACAUCACCGUACUAUAAUACAUCAGAACAGAUGACUUCUCUUCUCCUCAAAAUCACUAACCAGAUGAUUAAUACAUGCAAGAUAUAUCUAAGUCAAGGUGUUUUGAAAAUCUGGGACCUGGACAGGCAAGAAUUAUUAAAGAGGAUACAAGAAUGUAUUUAUCUCAAUGAACAAUAUCAAACAUAUUUUCAGAGAGUAAGGGAGAAGCUAAAGGAAAAUCCAAAUGAUCGGCAGUUUGAUUUCAGUGAAAACUAUAUAUUUGGAAAAUUUGAUGCAUUCUGUAAACGCUUGGAAAAGAUUUCAGAUAUAAGCAAUAUCAUGGAAGGCCUUUUAGAGCUACAGAAUAUAAAAAUAGAAGGUAUUGAAAAGAUCAGUGCUCGUUACCAGAUGAUUGCUACAAACACCAAAUCAAAAACCUAUGAUGUUCUGGAUCACAGGAAACAAGAGUUUGAGAAAGAUUACCUUGAAUUUAAGAAUCAAAUUGAAGGUCUGCACCAGUCAAUGCAAGAAUUAGUGGAUUCUUGGUUUGAGAAAUCUUUAACUACUGAACAGAUGUUGGGACUUCUGAUGAAGUUUGAACACAUUGGUAAAGACCAUAUUGAUCUUACUGAAAAAUAUAUAAUCGUCGUUCAGCGAUACAGCCGAGAAUUAGAUCUGGUUCGAAAACUCUACCAGAAGCAAAAAGAAAAUCCGCCUAUGCCUCGUAAUGUACCACCUGUAACUGGGAAGAUUAUGUGGGCUCGGCAGUUGUUCAGAAAAAUAGACCAUCCAAUGAAAUUUUUUAAAAAGAAGACUGCACUUUUGAAGACUCCGGAAAUGAAGAAGGUAAUUUGGAGCUACAACAAAAUGGCUGCUGUUCUUUUAGAAUUCGAACUUCUUUAUCACAGAGCAUGGUGCAGGUUUGCUGAGCAAGCUAAGAACGGACUGUGUGCGUCAUUACUUGUCAGACAUCCAGAAACCAAGGAAUUAUUUGUGAAUUUGGAUCCUAUGGUCCUCGAAGUACUGUGUGAAACAAAAUACCUGAAAAAAAUGAAUUUUGAAGUUCCAGAUGUUGCCCUUGGCAUAUGUGCAGAAGAAGAACAGAUUAAAAAACAGCAAAUGAAACUUCAGGAUCUUUUGAUUGAUUACAAGAAGUUUGUAAAUGGAAUUCCUGCUAUUCUGGAGCCACUGAUGAAACCUUUUAUGGAGCAAAUUGAGGAAGCCCUCACUCCAGGCCUGACACAAUUAUCAUGGACUUCUCCAAACAUUGACAAAUUCCUCGAGAAAGUUUAUAAGUCCCUAGAAGAAGUGGGGUAUAUAGUCAAAGAAGCUUCUGACACACUGGAAUGCAGAAUUGAAAGAAUUCUGCAGGAUAUGUCAGACACUCCUCUUGUAACUCUACCCGAAGAUGAACCCAUUGAAGUACCUGCUUUCCUGGAAAGGACAGAAAAACUUACUGCUACAGCUGCUGAAACUCUGUCUCAACAAAGCCAGCAAGUGGAACGUUCCAUGUAUGAAUUGAUAGACAUUCUGAAGCACAGAUUGAAACUGGAAGACAAAAGCAAUCUGCAGGAUUCAUUUGCCUGUGGACAUCUUGAUAUGAAACAGAAAACACGCUGCCAGGAAUGUCUGUCCUGUAGUUACUAUAACCUGAUGGGGCAGCUUUGUCAGAAAAAUACCGACUCUCUAGUCAAAUGCACCAGGAUUUCUUUAGCUGCUUUAAGGCGUCGCUUACAUGUUCUCAACUCUAAAUAUCAGAUGACCAAGUUCAUAAAAGAUCAAAGAGUUCCGUUAUUCAAAGCUGAAAUUCAAUUGGCCAUUCCCAAUGUUGUCUUGAGGCCAAGUCUUGAUGAUAUUCAGAAUGUGGUAAACAAAGCAGUAAAUAUCAUAUUAUCGAUGGCCAGAGAUAUCCCACUGUGGAAGUUUGCUCAUUUACAUCAUAGACAGCAGCAGAUGGAACAGACUGCUGCCAUCGAGCUGGGUGAUGAGAGCAAACUCACCAAGAUGGUGGCAUUGAGACCUUUGGACAAACAGAUCAGUGAACACAAGGAUGUGAACAAAGCUGUGAUCCAGCUUACCACAAUAAUUUUAUCUCUUAAAACUGAUGCAGUGGAUAUUUUGAAGAGCUUUGCUAAAUUCUCCAGCAUCUGGAAUCAGGAUCCAGAGGAAAAAGUAAAAGAAUUUCUAGAGACUAACCCAGUGAUGUCUGAAUUCCAAACACAGAUUAAUUACUUUUCUCAAUUAGAAAUCCAAAUUAGAGAACUGCCAAGUCAUUGCAUAUUGGAAUCAGUGGAUUUUGCAACUGAGUCUUUGAAAAUGGCCUUAAUUCAGGAAUGUCGUUUGAGGCAGAGAUCAUUUGGAUUAGCUUUAAAUAAAAAAGCUGCCAUGGACAUGGAUGCAGUUUACACAUUCAUUGACAAUCUCAGCAAGCGAUUAAACAGGCCAAUCAAUGAUCUUGAUGAUGUGCGAGGAGCAAUGGAAGCCCUAAAGGAAAUACGAGAGGCUGAGAUUAAAAUUGACAUGACAGUUGGACCUAUAGAGGAAUCUUAUGCUCUGCUACAUAAGUAUGAUCUACUGUUUAAAGAUGGAAAUGCAGAAAGAGUUGAUGGGUUGGCAUAUGCUUGGAAGAACCUAAACACACAGGUAUUGAAGAUUCAGGACUUGCUGCUUGAAGUGCAACCAUCCAUGAAAACAGAUUUACUGAAUGGUGUUAAAAAGUUCCAGAUUGAUGCUGUGGAAUUUUACACAGACUAUAAUGAAAAAGGCCCUGGUGCGGAAGACAUUCCUCCCUGGGAAGCAAGUGAUAGAUUACAAAUCUUCCAAGCCAAAUUUGAUGAACUGUGGAGGAAGUAUAUCACUUUUUCUGGUGGGGAAGAAUUAUUUGGUCUUUCUGUCACAGAAUAUCCAGAACUACAAAAAAUAAAACGGGAGCUUACACUGCUUCAGAAACUUUAUGGUCUUUACAAUUCGGUUAAUGCUAAUAUCAGUGGAUACUAUGAAAUAUUUUGGAGUGACUUGGACAUUGAAAAAAUUAACAGUGAACUUCUGGAUUUUCAAAACAGAAUUCGUAAAUUGCCUAAGGCUCUGAAGGAAUGGCAAGCUUUUCACGACCUAAAAAAGAAGAUUGAUGAUUUUGCUGAGAGUUGUCCUUUGCUUGAAAUGAUGGCAAACAAAGCAAUGAUGCCAAGACACUGGGAAAGAAUUGCACAAGUAACUGGCCAUAAGUUUGAUGUUGUCUCUGAAAGUUUCUCUCUGAAGAACAUAAUGGAUGCCUCAUUGUUAAAAUACAAGGAAGAUAUUGAGGAUAUCUGCAUCAGUGCUGUUAAAGAAAAGGACAUUGACGCAAAAUUGAAACAUGUCAUCAAUGAGUGGAGUACUCAUGUCUUUACAUUUGGCCAGUUCAAAACCAGAGGAGAAUUGCUUCUGAAAGGCUCAGAUACUUCCGAGAAGAUAGCUCUGAUGGAGGAUAGUCUCAUGAUUUUGGGAUCCCUCAUGAGCAACAGGUACAAUGCACCAUUCAAGCCCACAAUCCAACAGUGGGUCCAGAAAUUGGCCAAUACCACAGAAAUAAUUGAAAAUUGGAUUACUGUACAAAACCUCUGGAUUUACCUUGAAGCUGUUUUUGUUGGUGGAGACAUUGCAAAACAGCUGCCUCAGGAAGCCAAAAGAUUUCAGAACAUUGAUAAAUCUUGGCAGAAGAUUAUGCAGAGAGCUCAUGAGACAUCAAACAUAGUACAGUGCUGUGUUGGAGAUGAGACAUUGGCACAGCUACUACCACAUUUGCUGGAACAACUGGAAAUAUGUCAGAAAUCAUUAACUGGGUAUUUGGAAAAGAAACGAUUAGUAUUUCCCAGAUUUUUCUUUGUAUCUGAUCCUGCACUUCUGGAAAUCCUUGGUCAGGCAUCAGAUUCACACACUAUUCAGGCACAUUUACUGAGUCUGUUUGACAAUGUUAACCGAGUGGGAUUUCACGAAAAGAACUAUGACCAGAUUUUAUUAUUUGAAUCUCAAGAAGGAGAACAAGUCAAUAUUAUUGAGCCUGUUCUAGCUCAGGGUAAUGUGGAAUUCUGGCUGGGACAGCUGCUGAAUGGGAUUAAGAAAACAAUCCACUCCAUCAUUAGACAGGCAUCUAUAGCCAUUAGUGAUUCAGGAUUUAAGCUGUAUGACUUUCAGACAAUGUUUCCUGCACAAAUAGGUCUUCUGGGAAUUCAAAUGAUUUGGACCAGAGAUGCAGAGGAUGCGCUAAACAAUGCCAAAACAGACAAAAAGGUCAUGCACACAACAAAUCAGAAGUUUCUGGACCUUUUAAAUGAUUUGAUUGACAUGACAACACGUAAUCUGACAAGGAUGGAGCGCACAAAAUAUGAGACUUUAAUCACUAUUCAUGUACACCAGAAGGAUAUCUUUGAUGAUUUGGUCCGUAUGAAUAUUAAAUCUCCAUCUGACUUUGAAUGGCAAAAACAAUCCAGAUUUUACUUUAUUGAAGAUGUGGACAAAUGCAUCAUCCAAAUCACUGAUGUGGAGUUCAGCUACUGCAAUGAAUACUUAGGCUGUACAGACAGACUCGUUAUAACUCCUUUAACUGACAGAUGUUACAUCACAUUGGCUCAGGCUUUGGGAAUGAGUAUGGGUGGUGCUCCAGCAGGACCUGCAGGUACUGGGAAAACAGAGACAACUAAAGACAUGGGCAAAUGUCUGGGAAAAUACGUUGUUGUCUUUAAUUGUUCAGACCAAAUGGACUACAGAGGCCUAGGUCGUAUUUAUAAAGGUUUGGCCCAGUCAGGUGCAUGGGGUUGCUUUGAUGAAUUUAAUCGCAUUGAACUUCCUGUUCUAUCAGUAGCUGCUCAGCAGAUCUAUAUUGUGCUUCAGUGUAAGAAAAAUAAGAAGCUCCAGUUCAUCUUUACUGAUGGUGAUGUUGUUGACAUGGACAGAGAAUUUGGCAUAUUUCUGACUAUGAAUCCUGGUUAUGCAGGGCGACAGGAACUUCCAGAAAAUCUAAAGAUUCAGUUCCGUACAGUGGCUAUGAUGGUGCCUGACCGUGGUAUCAUUAUGAGAGUCAAGCUGGCAAGUGCAGGUUUCCGAGACAAUCAAAUCCUUAGUCGAAAAUUUUACACACUCUACAAACUUUGCGAGGAACAGUUAUCUAAACAGGUUCACUAUGACUUUGGAUUAAGAAAUAUUUUAUCUGUCUUAAGAACUCUUGGAGCAGUAAAAAGAUCCAAUCCCAAUGAGCCAGAGAAAACAGUAGUGAUGAGAGUUCUACGGGACAUGAACCUCUCCAAGCUGGUAGAUGAAGAUGAACCUUUAUUUAUGAGUCUGAUUAACGACCUGUUCCCUGGAAUUACUCUUGAUAAGGUCGGGUAUCCUGAACUAGAGUCGGCCAUUCGGAAAGAGACGGAGAAAGCUGGGCUUAUUCAUCAUCCUCCGUGGAUUCUUAAGCUUAUUCAACUGUAUGAAACUCAGCGAGUCCGACAUGGUAUGAUGACUCUGGGUCCGACUGGUGCAGGAAAGACAAAAUGCAUUAAUAUCUUGAUGAAAGCAAUGACAGACUGUGGCACUCCUCAUAAAGAGAUGAGGAUGAACCCAAAGGCAAUUACAGCUUCCCAGAUGUUUGGUACUCUCGAUGUUGCUACAAAUGAUUGGACAGAUGGCAUUUUCUCUACUUUAUGGAGAAAAACUUUAAAAGCAAAGAAGGGAGAACACAUAUGGAUAGUUUUGGAUGGUCCUGUGGAUGCGAUAUGGAUUGAAAAUCUGAACUCCGUUCUAGAUGAUAACAAGACCCUUACUUUGGCUAAUGGAGAUCGUAUUCCAAUGUCCCCAAACUGCAAGAUUGUUUUUGAGCCCCAUAACAUUGACAAUGCUUCCCCAGCAACAGUAUCUCGUAAUGGGAUGGUCUUUAUGAGUUCCUCUGUGUUAGAUUGGAGGCCCAUUUUAAAGGCUUGGCUGCAAACUUUGCCUGCUACUCACUCUGAUGUCCUAUGGAACAGCUUUAACAGUGUAUUUCAGGAUUUGAUUGAUUUUGUUUUCACUGCUGUGACACCGAAAAUGCCAGUUUUAGAAUGCAUGUGCAUCAAACAAGCUAUUGACCUCCUACAGGGUUUAUUGGCAGACAGAAAUGAGAAGCAGCCCAGCCAAGAGCAUCUAGCUCGCUUAUUUGUUUUUGCUAUAAUGUGGUCAGUAGGAGCUCUUCUGGAAUUGGAUGACAGAGUGAAAAUGGAACUGUUCUUACGGAAUCAUUCUGCAACGCUGGAACUUCCAGCUGUGAAUGGAGAAGAAACCAUGUUUGAGUUUGGUAUUAGUGAUUGUGGUCAGUGGGAGCACUGGUCAAAGAGGGUACCUGAAUAUGUUUAUCCUAAAGAUUCAGUGCCAGAAUAUACUUCCAUCUUAGUUCCAAAUGUAGACAAUGUCCGAACAGAUUUUCUAAUGGACACUCUCAUGAAGCAAGGGAAAGCAGUUCUACUUAUUGGAGAACAGGGAACAGCAAAAACAGUUAUGGUUAAGGGUUAUACCAGCAAAUAUGAUCCUGAACUUCAUCUGACAAAGCGCUUAAACUUCUCUUCUGCCACUCUGCCAAAUAUGUUCCAAAGGAGUAUAGAAAGCUACAUAGAUAAAAGAAUGGGCACAACCUAUGGUCCUCCAGCUGGAAAGAAAAUGACCAUAUUUAUUGAUGAUAUUAACAUGCCUGUGAUUAACGAAUGGGGUGAUCAGAUCACCAAUGAGAUUGUAAGGCAGCUGAUGGAGCAGAAAGGUUUCUACAAUUUGGAAAAGCCAGGAGAAUUCACUAAUGUGGUUGACAUCCAGUUUGUAGCUGCCAUGAUUCAUCCUGGAGGAGGUCGGAAUGACAUUCCUCAGCGCCUCAAGCGUCAAUUUAGUGUUUAUAACUGCACCCUACCUUCCAAUUCGUCUAUUGACAAAAUAUUUAGAACAGUAGCUGAAGGCUAUUUCUGCAUGCAGAGAGGCUUCCCAGAAGAAAUAUGUAAACUAGCAUCAGCAUUAGUACCUACAACUCGAAAAGUCUGGCAAGCAACUAAAGUAAAGAUGUUACCAACUCCAGCUAAAUUUCAUUACAUCUUUAAUUUACGAGAUCUCAGUCGUAUUUGGCAAGGAAUUCUUACAGUUUCCGCUGAAGUCUGCCAGAACACCAGUGUUUUGGCUGCUCUCUUCCAGCAUGAAUGCAGUCGUGUUAUUGCAGAUAGGUUCAUCAGCCAAAAUGACAAAGGCUGGUUUGAAGAUAUGAUGAGAAAGAUUGCAUCUGAGGAUCAUUGUCAAGACUUACUAGGAAAUGACCACAAGGAAUUAUACUUUGUGGAUUUUUUGCGUGAUGCCCCAGAGGCCACUGGGGAUGAACCCGAUGAAGUAGAGUUAGAAGCUCCUAAAAUUUAUGAGUCUAUUCCUUCCUUUGAUAACUUGGCUGAAAGAUUACAGAUGUUCAUGCAGCAGUACAAUGAAACCAUCAGAGGAACACAUAUGGACUUAGUAUUUUUCAAGGAUGCAAUGAUCCAUUUGGUUAAAAUAUCCCGAAUUAUCCGUACUCCACAGGGAAACGCCUUGUUGGUUGGUGUGGGUGGAUCUGGAAAACAGAGCUUGACCAGAUUAGCAUCAUAUAUUGCUGGAUAUCAGAGCUUUCAGAUUACUCUAACAAGAACAUAUGGCAUUAAUAACCUUAUGGAUGAUCUGAAAAUUCUGUACCGCACCGCUGGACAGAAAGGACAGGGUAUUACCUUUAUAUUCACAGACAAUGAAAUCAGAGAUGAGUCUUUUCUUGAGUAUAUGAACAAUGUUUUGGCUUCAGGUGAGGUUUCCAAUCUUUUUGCACGUGAUGAAAUAGAUGAAAUAACACAAGAUCUGAUAUCUGUGAUGAAGAAAGAGUACCCAAGACGUUCUCCUACUAGUGAAAAUCUCUAUGACUAUUUUCUUACUCGAGUUCGCAACAAUUUGCAUGUGGUUCUUUGUUUUUCUCCUGUUGGGGAAAAAUUCAGAACUCGGGCACUAAAGUUUCCAGGUUUGAUUUCAGGAUGUACUAUGGACUGGUUCCAGCGCUGGCCUAAAGAUGCUCUAGUAGCUGUUGCACAGCAUUUUUUAGCUUCCUACAAAAUUGAAUGCACAGAUGAAGUAAAACAAAGUGUUGUUAACACUAUGGGAACAUUUCAGGAUCUCGUAGCUGAAAAAUGCGUUGAGUACUUUGAACGAUACAGGCGUCAAACAUUUGUGACUCCAAAGUCUUAUCUGUCAUUCAUCAGUGGCUACAAAACCAUCUACAGAGAGAAAUUUGCUGGUGUGGGAAAUUUGUCUGACCGCAUGAAAACAGGUCUUGCAAAACUCAUGGAAGCUGAGAUUUCAGUAAACCAGCUGUCCAAAGAACUGGCAGUGAAAGAGAGAGACUUGGCUGUUGCUUCUAAAAGAGCUGAUGGCGUUUUACUGGACGUGACUAUGAAAGCCCAAGCUGCUGAAAAGGUGAAAAUGCAGGUCCAAAAGGUGAAAGACAAAGCCCAUGCCAUUGUGGAUGAAAUUGCCAUUGAUAAAGCAGCAGCUGAGGAGAAGCUUGAAGCUGCAAGACCUGCACUGGAGGAAGCAGAAGCAGCACUGCAGACUAUUAAACCAGUUGACAUUGCUACUGUUCGCAAACUGGGUAAACCUCCUCACUUGAUAAUGCGGAUCAUGGAUUGUGUGCUACUUCUGUUCCAAAGAAAAAUUGAUUCUGUGACAGCUGACCCAGAACGAACAUGUGUGAAGCCAUCAUGGACUGAAGCUCUGAAGCUAAUGAAUAAUUCAGGAUUUCUCAGCAUGCUGCUUACUUUCCAGAAGGAUUCAAUUACAGGAGAGAUUGUGGAACUACUACAGCCUUAUUUAGACAUGGAAGAUUAUAAUCUGGAGACUGCUAAAAAAGUUUGCGGGAAUGUAGCAGGUCUAUGUUCAUGGACACAAGCAAUGGCAUACUUCUACAGUAUUAAUAAAGAAGUCCUUCCCCUUAAGGCAAAUCUAGCGUUGCAGGAAGCAAGGCUAGCAGUUGCCCAAAUGGAAUUAAAUAAUGCACAGAACCAGCUUGAUGAGAAACAGAGGGAAUUGGACCAAGUACAAGCCAUGUAUAAUGCUGCCAUGCAAGAGAAACAAACUUUACUGGAUGAUGCUGAGGCAUGCAGACGGAAGAUGAAUAAUGCCACAGCCCUAAUUGAAGGCUUAGGUGGAGAAAAGAUUCGUUGGACAGAAAGCAGCAAAAAUUUUCAAAAUCAAAUUAUUCGAUUAGUGGGAAAUGUUCUUCUAGCCACUGGAUUUCUCUCUUACUCUGGGCCAUUCAAUCAGGAGUAUAGGAACCUGCUGCUCCGGCUGUGGAAGACAGAAAUGGACCAAAAUAGAAUUCCAUAUAGUGACGAUCUUAACCUCAUCAGUAUGCUUGUUGACAAUGCUACAAUUGGAGAAUGGAGCCUCCAGGGUCUUCCAAAUGAUGACCUUUCAAUUCAGAAUGGCAUCAUUGUCACAAAGGCAUCUCGAUAUCCUUUGCUGAUUGACCCACAAGGUCAAGGAAAGAUCUGGAUUAAGAAUAAGGAAAAGAAUAACGAACUCCAGGUUACAUCUCUGAACCACAAAUACUUCAGGAGUCACCUAGAAGACUGCCUUUCCCUAGGAAGACCUUUGUUAAUAGAAGAUGUCAGAGAAGAACUCGAUCCUGCUCUGGAUAACAUUUUGGAAAAAAAUUUCAUAAAAUCUGGCUCAACUCAUAAAGUAAAAGUAGGUGACAAGGAGGUAGAUGUAAUGAAGGGAUUUACCCUUUAUAUAACAACUAAAUUGGCUAAUCCUGCCUACACUCCAGAAAUCAGUGCAAAAACGGCUGUGAUUGAUUUUACUGUUACCAUGAAAGGCUUGGAAGAUCAGCUCCUUGGCCGUGUCAUUCUCACUGAAAAACAGGAACUGGAGGCAGAAAGAGUCAAGCUGAUGGAAGAAGUGACAUCUAACAAGAGGAAAAUGCAGGAUCUUGAAGACAGUCUUCUCUUCCGUUUAACCAGCACAGAAGGGUCUCUGGUUGAAGAUGAAUCUCUGAUAGAAGUCCUAAGAAUCACUAAAACAACUGCAGAAGAGGUGAGUGAAAAGUUAAAUGUUGCAGCAGAGACAGAGGUGAAAAUCAACACCGCACGUGAAGAAUAUCGUCCAGUUGCUUGUCGUGGCAGCAUCCUUUAUUUCCUAAUUGUGGAAAUGAGCUUGGUAAAUGUAAUGUACCAGACAUCCUUACGGCAAUUCCUUGGCAUUUUUGAUCUAUCGGUGGAAAGAUCAGUGAAAUCUCAGAUCACAGCCAAACGAGUAGCCAACAUAAUUGAGCAUCUCACCUAUGAAGUAUACAAGUACACUGUGCGAGGGCUGUAUGAAAAUCACAAGUUCCUCUUCACAUUGCUCAUGGCACUGAAGAUUGACUUGCAGGCCAAGAAAAUUUCUCACAAUGAGUUUCAGACACUCAUCAAAGGAGGUGCAAGUUUGGAUCUGAACUCUGUACAACCAAAGCCAAAGAAGUGGAUCCUUGACAUGACAUGGCUCAAUCUUGUACAGUUAUCUAAUCUGUACCCUUUUAACCAGCUUCUGGGGCAAGUUACAAGGAAUGAAAAGGCCUGGAAAGCCUGGUUCGAUAAAGAAGCACCUGAAGAGGCUCCUCUUCCUGAUGGAUAUGACAGUUUAGUGGAUACAUUCCGUAAACUGCUCCUUAUCCGUAGCUGGUGCCCUGAUCAUACCAUUGCUCAGGCGCGGCACUACAUUGCAGAAUCUCUCAGUGUGAAAUAUGCAGAAGGAUUUAUUCUUGAUAUGGAAGCAAUGUGGACUGAAAGUGACUGUCGAACACCCUUGACUUGCUUUUUAUCUAUGGGAUCUGAUCCCACUGAAAAUAUAGAGCGUCUUGCAAAAUCAAAGAAUACUCCUUGUCGUGCCAUUUCAAUGGGUCAGGGCCAGGAGAUCCAUGCAAGGCGCUUAUUAAAUCAGUGUAUGCAAGAUGGAGGAUGGCUCCUUCUGCAGAACUGCCACCUGGGCUUGGAUUUCCUUGAUGAAUUAUUGGACACCAUCAUAACAACGGAAUAUAUGAACGAGGGUUUCAGGACGUGGAUUACUACAGAGGUCCAUUCAAAAUUUCCUAUUAAUCUUUUGCAGUCAUCGAUCAAAUUUACUAAUGAACCACCUCAAGGUGUAAAGGCUGGUUUAAAGCGGACAUACUCUGCUAUUACUCAGGAACAGCUGGAAGUGAGCAAUAUGCCACAGUGGAAACCACUGUUAUAUGCUGUGGCAUUUCUACAUACAACUGUUCAGGAAAGACGAAAGUUUGGUCCAUUGGGCUGGAACAUCCCUUAUGAAUUUAAUCAAGCAGACUUUGCAGCCAGUGUGCAGUUUAUUCAGAAUCAUUUGGAUGAGGUUGACAUUAAGCGUGGGGUGAACUGGAGCUGUGUUCGCUAUAUGCUUGGAGAAGUACAGUAUGGUGGCCGUGUAACAGACGACCUUGACAAAAUGUUGCUAAAUACAUUUGCCAGAGUGUGGUUUGGAGAGAGUAUGUUUACCGACAAAUUUUGCUUCUACAAAGGUUACAUUAUUCCAAAAGGCAAGACAGUUGAAGACUAUCUCCAGCACAUAGAGCAGCUGCCAAUUGUCGAUACACCUGAGGUAUUUGGACUUCACCCUAAUGCAGACAUAACUUAUCAGACUAAUAUGGCUAAUGAGACAUUAAGCACAAUAGUUAGCAUUCAGCCUAAAGACAGCGGCAGUGGAGGAGGGGAAACCAGAGAAGCAAUGGUACAGCGUCUUGCUGAUGAGAUGCUGGAGAAAUUGCCACCAGACUACAUCCCUCAUGAGGUGAAAGCCCAACUUCAAAAGAUGGGAGCAAUUCAACCCUUAAAUAUAUUUCUACGUCAGGAAAUUGACCGUAUGCAGCGUGUUAUAUCAAGAGUUCGAACUACACUGACCGAUCUCAAGCUGGCCAUAGAUGGGACCAUUAUUAUGUCGGAAGACUUGCGAGAUGCUUUGGAUAACAUGUAUGAUGCCAGAAUUCCAAAGCUUUGGUUCAAGAUUUCCUGGGAAUCUGCUACUUUAGGGUUUUGGUUUACUGAGCUUCUUGAAAGAAACCAACAAUUUAGCAGCUGGCUCCUGGAUGGCCGACCAAAUCAAUUCUGGAUGACAGGAUUCUUUAAUCCACAGGGAUUCCUAACUGCCAUGCGGCAGGAAACGACACGCUUGAAUUUAGCAAAAGGCUGGGCGCUCGACAGUGUUAUUUUACACAAUGAUGUAACCAGGAUGAUGAAAGAAGAUAUUAGCAGCCCUCCUCCGGCUGACAUUGGUGGGGUUUACAUAUAUGGCCUUUUCCUGGACGGAGCAGGUUGGGACCGUAGGAACGCCAAGCUAACGGAGUCUGCGCCAAAGGUGCUGUUCACAAGUCUUCCUGUGGUCCAUGUGUACGCUAUCAGCACCACAGCACCACUGGAUCCAAAGAAACAGCCAGGGAGCUUGUACUCCUGUCCUGUGUACAAAAAACCUCGACGAACGGAUCUGACAUACAUUUUCUCUUUAUAUUUGAAAACUGUGCAAAAUCCUGACCACUGGACUCUAAGGGGUGUUGCAUUACUCUGUGAUUCCAAAUAACGCUAUGGCAAUAAGAUCCCAUUGGAAUACUGGGCAAAGGGCGUUCAGGCUUUAGUUUUAUUACGUAGCAGGGGUAUAUUUCUAUUCAUAGAUGUAUGGGCAUUAGCAGAUCAUAUUUGUAGAGACAGCUGUAUCUGCAUGGUGAUUUGUAUGAUCUUUUCGCAGCAGGAAUCAUUAAACAUGUUUAACUUGGGAACAUCAACCAGGGAACCUUCAAAUCUGUGACAUGGAAAACAAUUAUAGGUAUAAAGUCUAGUUGCACCGAAUCUGUCCCCAUUUGCUGUAUAAAUUAGCUCAUUCUACUAAAUACUCUAUUCCACAUUCAAAAUAUAUCCCCAUUAAAAAUGCCUCUUGCUUGAAACUACUGUUCUAACUAGAUUUUACAGUGAUUCUUUAUUGAUCUUAUCUCCUCUUUAUAAUACUGUUAUGCUGACAGGUAUUGGUGAUUGCAAAGAACACAAGCCCCUUUGGAAGUGGGUACAAAUACACCCUUCAAAUAACACAACUGUCAGGACAAGUUAAUCACAAGCCCCCCUCCCCACCUAAGACAAAAGGGGAUGUGAAUCCGCCCAGGAGUUAAAGACCAUGUGGGCAGAGGGGUUUUCAGUGUGCGUGCACGCAGAACAAGCAGAAUGAGCAAGCCUCAGAGGUUGGAAGAAAGCCAAGCAGUUGCUUGUAAGCACAGGGUGAGCCAGGAGAAACCUAGAGGAAGAUUCUGGGUUUGGUGCUGGCUAAAGAGGCUGUAAUCAAAGACAUGAUCCUGCUUUUUUAUUCCUCCUGCAUGCCUUGUAAAUAAACAACCCUCCAUCAAAGAAAAUAUCAGCUCCCUCAUUAAUUUCUGCUCCCAAGUAGAACAGCCCCAGGGGCCUGAACUUUUUUGACUGGCCUCUGGAGCCAAAAAGGAGCCAGGGUACAGAUUUGGAAUUAUGCAGCCAUGUUUCAGUUCCAAGUGCAUCAGCUGCAGCAUUACUGAAGAAAGAUGGUGCUAUAUCCAAAUGGUUCUCUGGCUAUAAGCACUGCUUUAAAUGACUCAGAUUGCUUAGACGGAGACUGCCUCUAGGGAUAGACACUUGGCUAAGCUGGCAGCUAAUGUUUUGGAGAAACAGGAUUUGGUCUAACUUUUAGAAACCUUUGACUAAUUCUUAGUGACUGGAAACUGAGGUGCAAGGUGUCACUCUCCUUUCCCUUCUCUGCCCCACCCACUUCCUUCCUUUCUUUUUCUUUGUGGUUUUUUUUUACUGUUCUCCCCUUAUUUUUAUAAUACUAAAAUAAAAGAAAAAGUUGAUGAUGUACCACAAGUUUAAAUGUCUGCACACAAAAAGGCCUGUCUAAUUGGCAUGCAGUUACUUUUGAUUUCAUUUGUAAAGUGGGUAAUUGUGCAUACAAAGAGACAAACCUCUGCCUGACCGUUAUCUCCUCUGUGCAUGCAGGCAUAGCGCUCCUGUGGGUGUGCAUGGUUCUGACGAAGUGGGUAUUCACCCAUGAAAGCUCAUGCUCCAAUACGUCUGUUAGUCUAUAAGGUGCCACAGGACUCUUUGUUGCUUUUACAGAUCCAGACUAACACGGCUACCCCUUUGAUACUGUUUGUGAUGAAACUGAAAGAAACAGCAGCCGGCACAGUAGACGCUCUAUCCAGAAAUGGCUGUGGAGUUUAUUAUUUUUAUUAGCAGUGUAUGCAGCUUCCAGUGUACAGCAAGGAUGGGUGUAGACAGGCUUGGUUUGAAAACAGAAACAAGGCUACUACUGGCAGAAAAGCUGUAUGGCUUCUUUUUGCCAGGCCAGGACACUUUCAAAGUAAUAGGCAUUACUGUUGGGGCCAGGGAAAGAACAGCCUACAGGGAAUGCUCUGCCAGCCUCUCUCUCUCUCUCUGUUUUUUUGCUUUUUGUGCCGAUACCUUUGAUUUUUCUGUCCAUUUAAACAGUGAUCCGGCCAACUGGUCCACAAACAGGGUUCAACUUUUCGUACAGUCGGUUUUAUUUUAUGUUUAGUAGUUGCAGGACUCUUACUGUUUGGAGGAGUAAAAUUCACUUCCACAACUAGCACAGAGUGUUAGACUUGUUCCUGGAAAACAGAGAACAAGCUGUACCUUAAGGGUCACACUCUACCCUUGAUCUGUGCACAGAACUCACUGCACGCAAUUCCCGGGAGACGAUAGACCUAAAGGAGCCCACACUGUCAAAAGGCUCACCGCUCCCCCCGCUUGGAGUGCAGCUGCUUGCAUCCAUUGACUUCAAUGAGAGUUCGAGGUGUGAAAGGGAUAUAGGAUCAGGCUUCAAGAACAUGGCUUAGACACUUUGGGGAACGAUGAAAAAGAUCAGAGAGGACAUUAACCAGGACAAGGCUGCUCUACUCUAGAGGCUCCAAUCAGUUACUGUUUUCUGUAUGUGGCAAGCAAAUUAACUUUGAUGCCCUAAUAAGCUGCAGCAGUUAACAAAAUAAUAUUGCGACUACACUCUGUUAGAAUGAAGCGGGUACUUUGAAAUACUCUGCACGACUCAAGAGCUCACUUCUUGCUAUAAAAGCAAAUCUAAUAAAUGUGAUAAUUUGACAGAAUUUCCAUGUAAUGGGUCAAAUAAAGCUUUUCAUCCUAAUUCUAUCACCCCUUUGCUUUAUCAAGUUACAAUAAAAUUAAAAAAUGAAAUAGCUUUUUUAAAAAUAGAGGCCCAUUCGUUAGCACAUAGUAGCCUGCAAACUACUGCAAGUUUAACAAUUUGUACCUUGCAGUAAAACAGCUUUAUUUGAUAGCUUUAAAUAUGUAUUUAAGAAACAGACUGAGUCUCUAUUAGGGCUUUUUAUUGUAGGAUAACAUCAACUCACGCAAAAUAGAACAUGGACUAUGUAACAUCAGAAACAGUCACCAUUACCAUCUGUGCAAGGGAAGAUGGCUACAGUGAUAUAAAGAACAAGAAAAAUAUUACACAGUUACAUAGCUUGCCAGCUAAACUUUCAAAUGCUCCUUCCAUAUGCACUGAGGAAUCUUUGGGUUUUUUUUCUUUUUAAUAGUUAUUUAUUACAGUAUUGAAUAGAAUUACAAUAGAUGUUAUGCAAACAUUGGUCUUGCUUACAGUGCUUCAUGACUUCAUUCAUCCCAAACCGGCACCACGAAUCCAAUUUGAAAGCUUUGCCGUGCCAGUUACAUAGUAUAUCGUUAAGCCCUUAGAACCGGUGUUCCAUAGUUGCCAUAGCUAAUUCCUAAUUCAGAAAAUUCCGAUUCUAGGUACCAGGGACUGAAUCACAGGACUGGCAGGCAAAGUAUUGGAAAUCAAAUCUAAUUGGGUUUGAAUGAUAGCUUGACCAGUUAGCCAUGGGUCCUGGGUCAAAAUAGAAUCUUGGACAGUAAAUAAACUCAUAGCUGUUGUCAAUAUUGUACAAAUAUCAAUCCCUCACUCUGAGAUCUAAUUUUAUGUAAGUACUAAGGAGACAUCAAGUAAACUUAAACAGAAGAGGCCCAUUAAACCCUGCUUAUUCUGCCAGUACAAUGGCUAUGUUUACUAACAUACCUCAUUUCAGGGCAUGGAUUCCUCCCUGCUUAGUGCUACAAACACUGCGUUUCAUACUCUUAAAGAUUGUGUCUGGCUUGCACUCUCUGUGGCUGUGACUGGUCGAUAGUGAUGAUGAGAAGGAAACAAAGAACUGGAUAUGGAUUGGCCUGCGUGUCAAUAGCUUUUGUUGGCAUUGAUUUUAAUUGUUUAGAACCCGAGCAAAAUGCCAAGAGCAGAAAACAGAGUGGUCCUUUUAUCUCAGCAGCUACCUUAAAAAACAAACAAACAACAAUCUGUUUUUCCUCUGCUCUGUCAGUGGCAAUUAAUUCUGAAACUGUUUUCAGUUUUGUAUGACUGGAGCAGAGGAACAACUAUUCAUCAGUUCUUGCACAGAAAAGGCAAAUGGGCCUGCCCUUCUCAAAGUUCACUUUAGUCCCACAUUCUUGUUUUUAACUCUCAAUUCCUCAGUGCUCAUAUAUUAAUCUUGUUUCCCUUACUACUAAUUUAUACCAUCACCUUCCUCAGUACCAAAUGACACUUGUACUGACCUUUGCAUAAUACAGCUAUUCUAUCAGAGUUCUCCAUUGCCUCCAGAUUUCUCCAGUGUUUAAUUUGUCCUAUUGUUUUUAACCUGCUGCUGCUUCAGAAAGUGCAUCUCUCAACUUCAUCAAUCCCCCCUUUCAAAAUGCUAGAAAUCCCUAUUAGUCACUUCAGAUAACAGUUCUCAAAAAUCUAUUGGCUCUGCUGCUUUUCAUUGCACUGUCUCCAAAGCAAUAAUUUCCUCUUCCUGCUAUUUGAGCGGGCGGUCCAAAAAGAGUCUUACUGCAAUUCUUGUAGUCUUCCCUUCCGCUAAUAUAAAGUAAUACAUUUAUCUCAGUUGCUUGUUUGCUUUUUGAUGUUGGCAUGAGAUAAAUGGAGAUGUUCUUUGGAUGCCUCUGUGCAUAAAACUAAAGAUAGCAACAAGGCGAUUAAGUGCCUUAUAUUUUUGUUUUAAAUAUACAAGGAGUUUCCAUCUCCUUGUGAUGUGCAAUUGUAACUCCCAUUCACAUUAAUUGAAGUUAUAUGUACACGUCAAGAGAGAUGAGACCCUUUGUUCUGUUUAUGUGACUUUGCGUAGUAAUAAAAAGGCAACAAACACAUUGUCUGCUAUACAUAUAAACACUAGAACAGCACCGAUAUAUUUUUCUGCUAUAACAAUAAAAAGUUACACACACUCUCAAUCUGUCCAAGUGAACAGAUACUAACUAUGCUUUCUCUUGUACAAUAACACAGUAUAUACUACUUAAUCACUUAUGCUGGAUGCUUGAGGUCCAACAGAAGACCAUUAUCACUUCCUCCUUCUGUUGCCUCCUGUUUAAGAACGAUUUUCUCUGCUGGCUGGGAUGUGCCUUUUGUUCCACUGCCUUUGUCUUUCUUUACUUUGGUGAUCACUUCUGUGUAGGAAAUCUCUUCUGUGACUGGUUCUUCUGCCCCACUCACUGAAACUGCAUGCACACCAGCUUCCUGGAUUCCUUCUUGCCCUUCAGCUACUGUUCGCUCUUUAUCUUUCUUAUUGACCUUGAAUGUCUCCUUUGUUGGAGCUGCUUUUGAAAUAGUUUUUUUGAGCCUUAUCCCAGAUUGUUUCAGCCUUUCUCCUGACUGCCUCAGUCUCUCUCGCCUCUCUGGUGUCACUAUUCUAGUUCGAAGCCUGUUCACCUUCUUGCCAAAAUUUUGUCUGGUCUUCUGCAUAUUUUCCCUUGAAAAUGCCUUUUUGAUAUUAUCUAUGCGUCUCAUGCCUGAUUUUUUAAAUCGGGAUGCUCUGCUUUCGUCUAUAUAAUAUUCUUCAUCAGAAGAGAGGUCAUCAGGUGGGAAGAAUUGCUCUUCCAGGUUUUCACCUCUUGUCCUGUCUUUGAUAACAGACAGCGAAGAUGGACAUUCUGUUUCCUCCUGUGAAUGAAAACAUAAAGACAUCGUUCCGCUAGUGUUUUAAAGGAGCAGAGCAUUUAAGCAUAUAGUUUUUUUGGCUUCUUAUUUGUAAGUAUCAACAACUGAGCUAUAAUGAUGUGGCACAGGGAGGUGGGGUCUCGCCUGAGAACCUGCACGAUCUCCUGAGGAUAAAGGGGACUGGAAAAACUCUGAUUUUGCAGCCUCUGUUCAGUCCCAUGCCUAUUAGGGAGAUUGCUUUAAAGGCUAGUUCUACUCUGAAAAGGGAUGAACAAUGUAAAACUCGCAUCAUUGUGUCCCACAUUUAGUGUGCCUCAAUGGACUGCAGUUCACAUGUGCUUAGUUUGCAGUUAGAAAGGAUGUUUUUCUAGCUACCAGCCCUGCUAUUCUGAGGUUGGAGAGUCAAGCUGGGUUCUUUCCUUCUCAUACAUCACCAGUAAUGAGCACCAUGCAGGGCAAGUUGGCCUUCACCUACAGACAGCCUCACUGACUCCAUAUCAACGUCCCAUAUGAACCUGUAGCCCCCUCCUUACUUUCAUUAGGUUUGCACAGUUGUAAUUAACUGGACGUUAGCAGUGAAAUCUGUUGAUGCACAGGGAGGAACAGAGUCCAGCUCAGACCCUUCUAGAGUAUGUCUUCACUGCAGCUAGGCCAGGCACCCAGGUCUGAGCACCUAGCUCAGCCUAGCCUGACUGCCAGUGGCCUCACUGCAAAACCCUACUGGUGUUAUUGUGUCCUCUGCUUAUGCACGCGCCCACGUGUGGCUGGGAGCAUAGCCUGUGUCCUCACUGCAAAGGGAGCAGGUUCCAGCCCAAGUUCAAGUGAAGUCUGGGCUUUAAUCCAUAUCCAAGUAGGGACGUUAGACCAGGUUUAAAGCACCUCCAAACCCAGGUAAAAGGUUAGUGCAUGUGGAUAGUGACAGGGGUUGUGCUAAAACCCAGGGAAGAGCCUGGGUGAACUCUGCAGUGACAACACACCCUUCGGUUCACAGGAGUGAAAUGUCACUGACGCGCGCUGGUAAGGCUCAGUACACACCAGGAGCUGAUCUGCUGAAUGGGAAGCCAUUUUUACAUAGUCACUUUUCAGCACCACAUUUUACUCCUCCCCUAUCAAUUCAGCAACAAAAGCAAAGCUCCAGGUGGCAGUAGUAGAGGUGGGCAACCCUUAGAAAUACACGAAUGGCGUUGUUUAGUAUUACAGGCAUAGAGGCAUUUUCAACAGUAAAUGUAUAUUAUCCCAUGUUAAUGCAUUAACUGACCACUCAGCAAAUCUUUGUGGGUCUCUGUAGUAGGUCUUCAAUGGGAGGUUAUUGAAUGGUGCAUUAAUCACCUUGGUAUCCACUGCCUGCCAUGUCACAAGGAUUGCUAAUUUGUACUGAAUAUUAAAUACAUAGUCUAGAUAAGUGCCAUGCUGGCCAUGUACUAAGCAGUGAAACUAUAUGAUAAAAUACAUUUACUUUACACCUUUGGCUUUGUUUGGCUGCCCGCUAUCCACUCAUCCCUGUCAGUGAGUUCAGCAGGGGGCUGGGGAGGAACGGUAGCUGCAUUUUGAAAAGAAGUGAUCUAAAGGGAGGCAGUGCAAUUGGUCGCUUGUGGAGGAGUGAGCAUCUCAGCCAUUGAGGUGAUAAGGGUGCUGUAGCUACCUAGAGGAAGAGAGAUUUUAACCGCCAGAAAAGUGUGUGUUAUACCAGAAUUUUCUGAAAGCUCUUUUUGGGCAGUAAGUUACUGAGCAUCAUUUUAAUGGUAAAUUAUGUGCAAAAAGCUGAGGGUGAAUAUUCCGUAAAAGGAUACGUCUGAAAAGAGUAGACCCAACCUGCAAAUCAUAGUCACACAGCAGCUGAGCCAAGAACCAUUUAGCUCAGUGUAAUGAUUCUCAUGGAGAUUCUGGAUCUGCCCGAUAGAGUCAAUUUCUUUCUGAUACUAGCAGACACAUAGCAGAAAACGCAGAACCAGUAGCAGCUGUGAGAUGGAAACUGGCACCCCUUUCCUACCCCAGCAAUCUCCUCCUUGUGCACACAAACAACGCUGUACAAAGUUUGUUCAUACUCCCAAGAGGAGCAGCUCCUCACACAGCCUCAGGCAGAAUACAUGGUAUAUUAAUAUUGUUUUUGCAUAAUGUAUCAUUUCCCAUUUGUGGGCUUAUCACACCUGAUUCCUGGAGCUUGUCAGAAUUUGGGCCAUAGCUUAAUAAUAUUUUCUAACUACCAAAGACGUUUGAAUGAGAGAGUCCACGAAGUGCCAGUCAGUUUCUCAAAUGUAUCUUAUGCUGAUGAAUUCCUGUAUGGUGCACUGCAAACUGAACUGAUUUCUGGCCAGAAAAACAGCUGUAAUUUUCAAAAUGCAAAUGCAUGUUUAAUUUUACUUUACAAAGUAUUAACUAUCAGUAAUAUAUA